AUGGUUGCAACAAAAUUAGAGGUGUCCAUAAAGGGCCAGCCGACUCACAUCUGUAACCACUAUCACUGGGUUGACUGGCCAGAUCGUGGCGUACCUGAUGCGGACCUCUUUCCUGUUCAUUUGCUGGACAAGCUCAGGAGCUGCACAGGCCCGAUCAUCGUACAUUGCUCAGCCGGUAUCGGUCGCACAGGUUCCAUUGUGCUAAUUGAGCACGCCUUGGAACUGCUCAAUUCGGGCAAACCACUGCUGGAAAUCUCAAACUAUCUUGUAGAGUUACGUAAGCAAAGGAACAACAGUGUACAGACCGAACAUCAGUAUCUAUAUGUGCACCAGGUGCUAUUGUUGUAUCUGAAGAAGUCGAAGUACAUUAAUGACGACCUUAAUCCUUUAUUAGAGAAAUUUACGGAAGAAUAUAACGCUGCUACAAGAGGAUUCUAA